AUGAUUUCAUCCAUUAUAGAUGACGCCAAGGACGUGUCUCUAAUUGAAGUGAAGGAGAAGCUGCUCAAGGAGCAUGAGAGUUUGGAGAAGAAGGACACUACGAUGAAUAGAGCGUUCCAAGUCAAUGGGAGCGCUGGUAAGCUCAAAGACGGUCGAGCUAAUGAUCGUAAGAGGAACGCUCCACGGAAGAACCGUGGCGAUUUUAAGGGCAAGUGCAUCGGUGCUACGUUGCACAUGCCUCUGCACCGCCCCGACCUGUUCGACUAUGGGACCAAGGAUACCAGCGUUGAAGUGACUAUUGCCGACGGCAAGAAGUUAAAAGUUUCAAUGGAAGAGGAACAACGCCUAAUGUCGGUCGGACGACUCGCAGAAUGUGGUUUGAACGCAGAGUUUCAACGUUCGUCGUGUGUAAUUUGGAAAGACGGCAGCGCAACUGCUGUGGGGAAAAGUUGGGGAAGCGUUCCUUCUUGA